AUGAGCAAACGCAAACGCAAGCACAAAGAAGAGUCCGAAUCUGACAGUGACGAUGGCGGCGUCUUGUUGCACCAAUCAAUGAAUACGACCAAGACUAGUACUGAAGGUGCGGAGUUUUCACGCGGGCAUGUCAGCCCGUUGCCCGCACCGGAUGAUCUCUCUACGAUGCCGAUCAACGCUGCCGAGCCUGCUCGAGACGGUGCGGUGACUCCAUUUGGGCAUUCCAGCCCAAUUCCCGCACCAGACGAUGUUUCUCAAAUGCCAAUUGGCGAAGCCGACCCUCCUGGUUAUACCGAGCCUGAACCCACCUCGACGACAACUGCCCAAUGCAUCCAUCCUGGCAGAAAGGCCGAAAUCAGCAUGGCGAAUUGCAGUCUGUGCGAAAUGCAUGUCGACAAAGUCUGGCAAUGUGCUGGACUGCUACAAGACGGUCUGUUACCAUCUGCCGAAGAAGGCAUACCUGAAGGGGAGGGUGUGCGAAGACUGUGGUCAGAAAGCGGACAAAUCGUUACUCUGUCCGGCGUGUCAGAAGACAUUCUGCAAACCGUGCUAUAA